CAUCAGGUUUUCACCUGGUUUUCCUCCUCUCUGUGACCAGUGGACUAUUCAUUGCAGGAACUAUGUCGCAGACAGUUGAGGAAGAGACAGGUCCUGCCUGUCCUCCUGAUUGGACUCAGUUUGGCUCUCGCUGUUACUUGUUCAAUUACAUAGUAAAGCCCUGGAUUGAUGCAGAGGCUGUGUGCAUUUCUCUUGGUGGGAAUCUGGCCUCGGUCCACAGUGCUGACGAAAAUGCCUUCCUCAGAGACUAUAUUCAAAGAAUGACUGGCGCCCGUGUACACACCUGGAUUGGUGGCUUCGAUGCAGUACAAGAGGGAAGGUGGCAGUGGAGUGAUGGCUCAGCAUUUGACUACAAGCGCUGGAGUAUCGGGGAGCCAAACAACCUGGGAACGGAACACUGCAUCGAGAUGAACUGGGGAGGAAACUACUGGAAUGACAGCCGGUGUAACUACGCAAAACAUUUUGUUUGUGUCAGAGAUGCGUCGCAAUGA